AUCGAAAGGACGAUUGGACGGUGAGGCUAAUAUAAACUCAUAAACCAAACUACAGAGUGUGGAGUUGUCAAUAUUAAGACGUAGGCUAGCUAGGCCUAGGAUUAGGUAACUUAUGAGAAAUACAGUUUGUCAGUUGUUAUCCACCCUAGUACAAGUCCGGAAGAUAAAACUGUAAUGUUGCUUUAGCCAUAAUGCUGGUGCUGCUAUACUCAGUACAGUCGUAGAAUGUUGCGACCACGAAAAAAAGAUGCUUUUAGACCAUUACCAGAGAGUGGAAUAGCUGGCAAGUACACAAAAAAGGAGCAGCUUCCUAUAUUCCAAGGUAUACCAGAUUUAAAAGACAGCAAAGCUGACACCUCUCAUGUUUUGUAUCAGUCGGUUGCUUCAUCUCAACAGAGCUUUGCAACACACUACCCACCUCAUCUCACUUCUGUAACCAGUAGUGCUCAAUUUAGUACCACCGAGGAUCCACCCCUGCCCCCAGGCUGGUCUGUGGACAGGACACUUAGAGGACGAAAGUAUUAUAUUGAUCACAACACAAAAACUACACACUGGAGUCACCCAUACGAGAAAAAACGAUUACCUCCGGGAUGGGAUCGUGUAGAAUCAACUAAACAUGGAACAUAUUAUGUAUGUAAUGCCACCAAAGAAGUAACUACACAACAUCCCAGUGCUCUUAGGAUGUUAAUGUACCAGCAGAGACCACCACAGAAUAUGGCACAUCUGUCUCAACAAAUAUUAACCAGACAGGUGAUAAAUGAUCAAACUCAUUUACUACCAACAAGCCAGAUAGCAUCUCAGCAGCAGGUUUCAAAUGGAUGGGUCCCACCGAAUCCCUAUCUUAAUCAAGAGGUUCCUGAAUGGUUAGCUAUUUAUGCUAAAGCAAGCAAAGAACAUGAUUCAAAAUUGAAAUGGGAAUUAUUCCAGCUCCAACAACUGGAAACUUUUCAAGCCAUGUUGACAAGACUCUAUAAAGAAGAACUCUGUAAAGUGGUAAUGGGAUACGAGGAAUAUCGUACGGCGCUUCACCGCGAAAUUGAAAGGCGGAUCUUAUCAUCAGCAGGACAGGGAUGAUGCUCUGAUUUCAAAAAACAUUGGUUGAUCUUUGUUGUGCUAAUAACUAAAUACAAGACUAAGAUACAAGACAAGCUAAAAACUAUAAACGUGAAUAUUAGAUUUACCUGUAGGAUAUAUUUUACAUUAACUACACACAAAGCAUUAUCAGAUUAUAGCAAGCUGUAUGUUAACCGCAUUUCGAUACAUGACAUCAUAAACGUAGACGGAUUCACUCAUUUGUGACCGUCCUGCAUCCUCUGUACAGCAUAUUAAACAAUUUAAAAAUUCAGUGUGGCAAAGACAAAUUGCAAGUUAUAAUUUCUCUCAUCUAUACACCAUUUUAUCAGGUAUAUUUUGAAACAGUGCUGCCAAUGUCUCACAACUUUUCACUGGGGGAUAUUCAGCAGCCUAACCUAGCCUGAGCAGCUAGCUAGUAGCAAAUAGAGUGCCACACACUGGUAACUACAAAGAGCGAAAUGCCUAGGCCUCUGGAAAUUUUCAUUUCAAAUUUAGCGAAAAUGGUGUAUAACAACUGUGACUAAUAAUGUCUAGGCAGUAAGUCUAGGCAAAGUCUUCAAAUGUGCAGAUGAUUAUCUGACAAAAUAUUACUGUCAUCAUAUAAUCAAUAGGAAGCUUUGAUUGCACGAAAACAACGGUAAGAAAUCACUAAAAGUCUUCUGCACAUGCAAGAACGUUAAGUUCUCCUCAUCGUGUGGAUUCUGGGACGUAAUUUGGCCAAAUCUACGUAUAUGCAGAGAACGUAGGAUGCCCAGUAGGACGGUCACACUUGAGUGAUUCCAUUCUAGCGUCGCCUCGUCGAAGAAAUCAAAAGCUCGCUAUCAUCAAAACUUUACGUGGCAAGUCUCCUCAAUUUUAAUUCCUGUAAAGUUGACAAUUUUAUUGUGCAGUUUUGUAAUAUAAAAUUUACUAAUACCAUUGAACUAAUUCCUCCUGUGCUAUGUUGUUAUGUUUAAACUAGAUUAGCAAUAUCUGUAUAUAUAUGUGUAGUCAAUGAAACCUUGAUAGUGUGUUAGAUUUAUUGUAAAGCCCUGUGCAGAUAAAACAUGUCACAUGCCUAUAUAUGGUCAUGAUGUGAUCAUAUAUAUAAGGCACGUCAUGCCCAUAUAUGGGCAUGUCACAUUUUCUGUGAAAGAAAAUGUGAUUGUGCGAACAGAGCUUCAAAAAAUGACUUAUAAGCCUGGUUCACACGAGAGCCCUAGUAUCCGGAUCGGGAGCUAACCGUUAGCGCUAACCGUUAGAACCUGCAUGAGAACGCCCGAUCGGUUAGCGCUAACGGUCAUCCAGAUACCGCUAACGGUUAGCAAGCGCUA